AUGGAGAGAACCUUGAGUGGUGGGCUAAACCAACAGGGUAUUGAUCACUACAAUAGCCUGAUUGAUGAACUAAUCAAGAAUGGAGUGUUGCGAAUGUCGAAGGAUAUUUCCACUGGGCUCUAUUUGACGACUUUGAAUGUGGGGAAGGCUAUCGGGCUUUACUACGUCGACUACAAAGACAAUCUCCAGCGAAUUCCUGAAGAGUCAGCUAGGUGGCUGCCUAAAUUCCUAAACAGUGUGGCCUGA